UAUUAGACCAAUUUUUGCUGAUUGCUGUUAUUCAAAGUUAAACGCAAGGUGAUAAAACAUGAUGUCGUUACACCUGGGUCCCUUUGUCCGUUGGAGAUUCAGAGUGAUACUCGCAUACAGCUGGAUCCUUUCCAUCGGAUUUACCUGCAUUGGUGCAGAGCACGCCGCCCCGGUCACGCACGCGGUCCCCGCGGCCUUCUCGGACCUGCUGCCGCACUUCCUGGUGGAGCCGGACGACGUGUACAUCGUGAAGAACAAGCCGGUGACGCUCACGUGCCGCUCCACGCCCGCCACGCAGAUCUACUUCAAGUGCAACGGCGACUGGGUGCACCAGGACGACCACGUCAUCGAGCACACCAUCGACCCGGCCACAGGGCUGCCCAUCAUGCAGGUGAUGAUUGAUAUCACUCGACAGCAGGUGGAGAAGAUAUUUGGCCUGGAGGAUUACUGGUGUCAGUGUGUAGCCUGGAGCACUACGGGUACCCAGAAGAGCCAAAAGGCAUAUGUGCGGAUUGCAUAUUUGAGGAAGAACUUUGAAGAGGAGCCCCUGGGCAAAGAGGUGGCGCUGGACCAGGAGGUGUUGCUGCGAUGCCACCCACCGGAGGGUGUGCCAGUCGCCGAGGUGGAGUGGCAGCGGAACGACGAGGUGCUGGACCCGAAGGCGGACCCCAACUUCUUCAUCACGGCCGACCACAACCUGGUCAUCAAGCAGGCGCGGCUGGCCGACACGGGCAACUACACCUGCGUGGCCAAGAACAUCGUGGCGCGCCGCAAGAGCUCCUCCGCCAUCGUCAUCGUCUACGUGGACGGCGGGUGGAGCGAGUGGAGCAAGUGGUCGGCGUGCGGGGCCGACUGCGCCAUGUGGCGGAGCCGCGAGUGCUCCCAGCCCACGCCCGGCACCGGGGGCAAGGACUGCCAGGGCACCGACCUCCAGUCCCUCAACUGCACCAGCGAGCAGUGCCCGCAGACGGCGUCGGGAGCGGAGGACGUGGCGCUGUACGUGGGCAUGGUGGCGGUGGCGCUGUGCCUGACGCUGCUGCUCAUCGUGGUGGUGCUGGUGUACCGGCGGCGGAAGGGCGGCCUGGACGCCGACGUGGCCGACUCGUCCAUCCUCACCACUGGCUUCCAGCCCAUGGGCGUCAAGCCCACCAAGCCAGGUGUGUGGGCUCCACACAGACCUCCACGCAGCAAGAACUCCCACUUGCUGACCAUCCACCCGGACCUGACCACCACCACCACCAGCUACCAGGGCACGCUGCGCUCGCGGCCACGACGCCACCAUGGCAAGUUCUCCGUGAGCAACGGGCCGCUGCUGGAGCCGCUGCCCAACGGCUCGCACACGCUGCACAACGGCAAGCUGCCCGCCGACCCCACGGACUUCAUGAGCCGCCUGUCGGCGCAGAGCUACUUCAAGACGCUGCCGCGCGACGCCGCCAACACCUCCUACGGCACCUUCAACUUCCUGGGAGGCCGACUCACGCUCCCCAACACGGGAAUCAGCCUGCUCAUCCCUCCUGAGGCCAUUCCGAGAGGGAAGAUCUACGAGAUUUAUCUGACCGUUCAGAAGAAGGAGCCCCUCAGGCUGCCCCUCGCUGGGCAGACGCUGCUGGGGCCGGUGGUGAGCUGCGGGCCGCCCGGCGUGAUGCUGACCCGGCCCGUGAUCCUCAGCAUGGACCACUGCUCCGACGCCGUGCCCGAGAACUGGGCCGUCCGGCUGAAGAAGCAGACGUACGAGGGCGCUUGGGAGGACGUGCUGGUGCUGGGGGAGGAGCUGGCGUCGGAGCCGUACUACUGCCAGCUGGAGGCGGACACGUGCCGCCUGUUCACGGAGCACCUGGGCCGGCUGGCGCUGGUGGGCGAGUCGCUCAGCAUGGUGGCCGCCAAGCGCCUCAAACUGGUGCUGUUCGCGCCGGCCUACUGCGCCACGCUCGAGUACAGCAUCCGCGUCUACUGCAUGGACGACACGCAGGACGUCUUCACGGAGGUGAUGCAGAUGGAGAAACAGCUGGGGGGUCGGCUGAUCGACGAGCCCCGCGUCCUGCUCUUCAAAGACAGCUACCACAACCUGCGCCUGUCCAUCCAUGACAUGCCCCAGACCCAGUGGAGGAGUAAGCUGCUCGCCGGCUACCAGGAGAUUCCGUUCUACCACAUCUGGAGCGGCUCCCAGCGCAGCCUGCACUGCACCUUCACUCUGGAGCGCCUGAGCCUCAGCACCUGCGAUCUCACCGGCCAGCUGUGCGUCUGGCAGGUGGAGGGGGAGGGACAGAGCUUCAGCCUGGACUUCAACAUCGCCAAGGACAACCGGACCCUGGAUUCCGAGUUUUUGCUGAUGGACAACUGCACUCCGGCUCUGGCUGGCCCCAGCGCGUUCCAGAUCCCUUACCUCAUCCGGCAGAAGAUUUGCAGCAGCCUGGACGCCCCCUGCCCCAACGGAGCCGACUGGAGGCUACUGGCCCAGAGGCUGAAACUCGACAGGCACAUGAGCUUCUUUGCGUCCAAGCCGAGCCCCACCUCUGUGAUCCUGGACUUGUGGGAGUCGCAGCACUUCCACAGCGGCAACCUCAACCAGCUGGCCGCCGUCAUGGCCGAGAUCGGCAAACAGGAGGCCAUGAUUUUCCUGGUGUCGGACGGCGAGUGCUAACCCCGAUUAGCGGCGACCGCAAACAGUGAAUAUUAUACAUGUACACACGCAAACA